UAAUCUAAUGCUUACCUCUGACCUGAGUUAUCGUGUUUGAACAAUAUGGAUCAACAAAAUCCAUAUAUUUUAUUCUUUUCCUUGCUUUGCUAAAGCUUAUACGAAACUGAUCAAGUUUAACCUCUAAAUCAAAUUACAGCAGAAGGUGAAGGAGAAACAUAUAGAAAUGGGCAUGGAGAACAUGAAGAAGAAGAAGAGUGUUUACAGUGUUUAUAUUGUGAUGGUUCUUACACUACGGUUGAUUGAUGGUGGAAUUGAAGGAAGACAAGUGGGUGUUUUAGAGAAACUUGAAAAACCCAGUUCUGGUUUCUCCAAAUCCUACAAUUCCAUUUAUGAUACUUCAAAAUAUGGGAUUUUUCAACUCAACAAUGGCUUGGCUGUAACGCCUCAAAUGGGAUGGAAUAGCUGGAAUUUCUUUGCUUGUAGUAUCAGUGAAGAUCUUAUUAAGGAAACAGCCGAUGCACUUGUCUCAACUGGCUUGGCUGAUUUAGGCUAUGUAUAUGUUAAUAUAGAUGAUUGCUGGUCUGCUGCCACUCGAAAUUUGAAGGGUCAGUUGGUCCCAGAUCCAAAAACUUUUCCAUCUGGAAUCAAAGCUCUUUCUGAUUAUGUACAUGGGAAAGGCCUCAAGCUCGGUAUUUAUGGUGAUGCUGGGGCAUUUACGUGUCAAGUUCGACCCGGAUCACUCUUCCAUGAAACUGGUGAUGCACAGCUGUUUGCCGAUUGGGGUGUAGAUUAUUUGAAGUAUGAUAACUGUUUCAACUUGGGUAUUGACCCUAAAAAAAGAUAUCCUCCAAUGCGUGACGCUCUAAAUGCAACUGGGAGAACAAUUUUCUAUUCUAUUUGUGAAUGGGGGGUUGAAGACCCAGCCUUAUGGGCUCGUGGAGUCGGAAAUAGCUGGCGUACAACAGAUGACAUUAAUGAUACAUGGGCAAGCAUGACUACAAUAGCUGAUAUAAAUGACAAAUGGGCUUCCCGUGCUGGACCUGGAGGAUGGAAUGAUCCUGAUAUGCUGGAAGUUGGUAAUGGAGGCAUGACUUAUCAGGAAUACCGUGCUCAUUUUAGCAUUUGGGCUUUGAUGAAGGCCCCUCUUUUAAUUGGUUGUGAUGUAAGAAACAUGACUGCUGAAACCCUUGAAAUUUUAAGCAAUAAGGAGGUCAUUUCUGUAAACCAAGACUCACUAGGUGUCCAGGGAAGGAAAGUUUAUGUUUCUGGAGAAGCUAACUGCCUUCAGGUUUGGGCAGGACCUUUGUCUGGCAAUCGCUUAGUCGUAGCUUUCUGGAAUAGAUGUUUGAAAGCUGCAACUAUAACAGCUAGGUGGGAGGUACUCGGUCUUGAAUCUAGCACCAAUGUCUCAAUAAGAGAUUUGUGGCAGCACAAAGAGGUCAAGGAAAAUGCAGUGGCAUCAUUUGGUGCUAAAGUUGAUUCGCAUGACUGUCAUAUGUACAUUUUCACUCCCAAGACAGUGGCUCACUCAGAAAGUUAGGUUGUUGCUCAUAAUGGUAUCCCUUUUGUGGUUUCUCUUUGUUAUUACUGAGAAAUCUGAUACUACUUAAAAUUACUGCUGCUUGAACUGUUGUAAAUGGUGUCUACAAGGAGUCGUUUGGUACCUGUGAACCAUACCAGAUGUGGGAUUGCAUAAAAAAAACACUGUUAUUAUCUGGUCUUUUACAAGUGGUUAAUGUUGUUUUUGUGAUGAUUAUUUAUAAAUAUUUGAUGGAGCUAAUAAGUAAUAAAAAUUUCGUUAGUAGUCGAACAGUUUGGUUCA